GAGUCACUUUCUCAAUAUUUGACUUAUAUCAUAUUAUUGAGAGAAAGUUUCUCAUUAUACUGACUUAAAGAAUCCUUUUUUUCUGCCACAUUGGCAGAAAUGGGCUUCCAAAGGUGUCCCACGCUUUUUACGCACAAUUUAAAUAAAAAAAAAAAAAAGGAAAAACUUUUGUGAAGCGUUACUUUCACUUUUGACGUUGGCUGGAAACGACGCAAGAACUUCGGUGUGAUGGCGGCUCAGAUGAAGAACUGGAGGACACUGAGGCUCCUCAUCCUCUUCAGCCUCCUCAGCCUCACUGAACUCUUUGAGGUGAGAGAGGAUGAGUGGGAGGAGCUCAGACCUGAUAUCGCUGCACUGCACCGCCUCAGAGGACUUCCUGAACACAUGUUCCACGAAAGGCUCAAGAACUCAAACCAAAGGCACGCAUCCAUCCAUGGGGCCAGAGGUAAAAGAUCCAGUACCAGGGCGGACAUUUACCAAAACCCACUGAGUCUGUUGAAUGAUUUGCAGGAGUGUGAGAAGAAUUUCACAAUGUGUGUCAUUGAGAUGGGACAGGAUUUCAACAGCUUCUUGGGAGCUGUUGAUGAACACAAGAUACAAGAUUGGCUGCUCAGUGCUUCAGAGCUCUCUCACAGCUACAGCCAAAGACUUCUGGUCAUGACUGACAAAGAAAAGUCAACAAAUGAAAGAGUCCAACAGGAAUACAGCAUGGAUCCUCAUUACUCAGUAAUAGUCAGCCUAGAAUGCCUGCACAAUGCUUCGUGUGUACCAGAAGCAGACGGCUACACUGUAGUGAAAAUAUUUGGAAGUGUUUCAGAAGAUGGACAAUCUGUGUCUGGACUUUCUGGCUCAUCGCUUGCAGAGCUGAUGUUGAAACAUUCCCUGGAAGCCGUACCGGUGUUCUCCUUCGAUGGAAACACAACCACAGACUUCCAACAUAACUUCAUUCGGGUUUUUGUGGUCCGUGGCAUCAAAGCAGUCUUAGAAACAACCCAGGAGAAUCACCAGAUUUACCAGGUCAUGAACCAACUUGACUCCGUUUCACACUACGAAAUUCCACAAAGACCGGUUGAUCACAGCACACAGUAUGACCACCAGCAGAUCCUCAUCAUGGAGGACGACCCUGUUGUCAGAAAAGCUGCUGUUUAUCUGUAUGAGAAACAUCCAGCCGUUAGCUCUGUCUACGUUCUUGAUAAAAACCAAAAACCAAAACUGAUUCACGGUGACUCUGUGCCUCUGACAGAGGACAGCAGACUGGUGCUGGUAGGCCAUGGUGUGACAGACAACUCAGGAGAGACGAAACUGGCAGGAUUCAGCGCACAAGAAGUCUCCAAAAUCAUUCAGCAAACCCCCAGGCUUUCUGAUAAAAUCAAAACAACGAGUGUGGUGGCCUGUGAGGUCGGAGCAGAUAAAGCUUUUGUUGAAACCCUCCUGAGGGACCUCCAUGAGACCGCCGGCAUCAAGACAGAGUUACACCUCAGGGAUGCUGUGCUCCAGGUCAGACACACAGGGGAGAAAAUCACCCAAGACAUCUCUACAGAAGGGCUGCAAUGGCGACAUAAAGAUGACAGCAAGAAAGUGGUGGCGACCCUUGAUAGUAAUGGAGACGUUGUUAUUAGAAACGAGCCUGGCAGUAAAGGAAAGGCAAUUUUUACUAAUGAAAGAAACCUUCUAAUGCAUCCGAGAAAACGUUUUCUGACCUAUAGAGACAGUUGGCCACAGGAGCCUAAGAGACAUAUUAGCCAGAAUGUUUUGGAGAAGUUGAAGCAUUCUGACCAAAAUAAGUUUAAUCAGAUACAUUCUGCUUUUGAUGAACUUGAGGCUGUGUCCUGGGGAUUCUUCCAUGGAGACCUGCCCCUUCCACAAAAGAUUAACACCAAUAACUUGCAGCAAAAAGAACAGCAUUAUGUAAUAAUGAAAAAAGAAACUGGCAAAUCUAAUAAUAAGAUAGAGUAUAUAGCAGAUGAACAGAUACCACAGGAUGUUCUGUCUAAGUGUUAUGAGAUUAAAUCAGGAGACGAUAUCAGAAAUGUCAUCCGUCACUAUGCAAAGACCGGGGAGAAUGAGGACACAUACCUGAUGGUCAAAGACUGGAUAUACCUUGUUGAUCAUAAAAGUCUGUAUGUGUAUCCAGUUGGAAAAAAGCUUGACAACAAUCAAAUUGGAAAUGAGGACAAAAUUAAUGAAAUUAAAGCCUGCAUUUUUAAACAGAUAGGCAAAGAAAAAUAUCCAGACAUGCGAAAACAAAUUCUUGAUAAAAAUAUAAAUAACCCAAAAGAACAAUAUGUUAAAUAUGUGAAAGAUAUUUUUCUUGGAGAGCACACAACUUACCUACCACUACCCACUGAGGCCUGGUACACCACAUAUUUCACUGCAUCAGUUAUAUCUGAAUCUGCUAGAAACUUCCGGACAUUUCCUCUGACUCUCAUGGCCCUGGAUAUGGUUGAAAGCAAAAACAACAAUAUCCGAGAGAAAGGACUGAGGUUUUUUUUUGAAGACCAUCCAAUGGCAAGGGGAGGUAGUUGGGUUGACCCAAGCAGGCGAGGAUUUAGUGGCUCAGCAACACCUGAAGGUUCUAGCAAAUUACAAAAUCGAUACCCUCCGACAGAACAUGAUUUAAAUUUGGCACUCAAAGAAGUCCUAAUAAAAGAAUUCAACCAUUACAAAUUAUGGGUUGGAGAGAAUAAAAAAGAUUCUCUGUCUCAAAUAUUGAAUGUUGUGGAAAAAUACAAGAUAUCUGAAAGUAAGGAAACCAUUAUUAAAGAUUACGAAUUGUUCAAAACACAAGAUAGCAGUGAACCGCAAGCAUCCGGCGCAUUAGGAGGCUACAAUGAUGGCCACACAACAUCCCAAGACCUAAAAUCUGCCAGAGAGUUGGAGAAUUCCUUCAAACUUGAAUCAUAUUUCUCCAGGGCAAGAGCAUUAUCUGCUGAACAAAUCCACAGUCAGAUAAAGGCAAAGUAUGGAGAAAGUCUGGCAGGGUUGCACAUUCAGGAGAGCAGUGCCAUGAUGGAGAAUGGACAGUUCAUAUGUAACGUUGUGUCUGAGGGUGCUGAUGUUGAACCUGUUGAGUUUAGGGUUGCGUUAUCUCCAGAGAGUCAACACUACAAUGAAAAGAUGUUGAAGGGCAUUGACACAGCAAUCCAUGAUCUGGAGAGUCACGGUUCAGUCUCCUCCCAUAAGGUCAACAAGUUUGUAGAGCACAGUGGGAGUGCUGUUGGGGUGUUGGGUCUCAUGCUGGGGAUGAAAGGAGCUGUUCGUGCUUUUGAACAGGGUGAUGUUAAAGAUGGUGUGAUGGGAACGUUGCAAACGGCUCAUGGAGUGACAGCAAUGACAACGUCUGUUAUUGCGAGACAAACUCUGUCCUCAGAGGCAAGAAUCGCCAGAGCUGCAACCCCUGUAAUGAAGGGCACAAUGACUGUCAUACCAAUAGUGGGGAUUGGAUUUGGGUUAUACAAUUUAAAACAAGAUUUGGAGAGAGGUGACACACUGGGAUACAUUGAUGCUGCCUUAGAUGGUGUUAUGCUUGAACUGGAUGUUAUUGAAAUUGUUCAGCCUGAACUGGCACCAUUUAUAAUGCCUAUAAACCUCGCUUUAUCAGUAGUCCGGAUGGUCAUUGAUGAUUUUUAUAUGAGUAUACAGAAUGAACUAAACAGCCUCCCAAAGGAUGCUGGAGUUGCACAAAAACUGCUGGCUGUUUUUCGUGGCUUUGGGAAGGGGAUUUUGCACUUUGUAAUUAAUGUGGCAAGUUUCUUUUACGAUUGGCAUUACGAUGAAAUUGAGGAGGGACACCGACUUGUUGCACAGAUAUCAGACUACCAAAAAUAUUACAAAGUUACAAAGGAACAGGAUGGAACCAAUGCCAUUGAUUUUAGUGGUGGUGGCUCUUCUUGGAAUGGUGGAGGUAUUAACUUCUGCCUGGCUGACCAGGGUCAGUCUGAGCUCUGCAUGGACUAUUUUGUUUCUAGCGAGUAUAGUUUUGGAAGGAGGUGUUGGAAGAUUGAUACACAUGGAAGCCAAGAUAUUAUUCUUGGCCUGGGGGAAUCACAUCAGUUAGAGUACAAGACACUACAGAAGAAAGUACUCAUGUUCAUACCUGCCGGCUCUGUGACAGUGGUUUCAGGUUAUGAAGCUGUAUCUAAUUCCAGAUAUGGGAUAUACAAAGGAAAUAGAGAUUCUAAUCGUUUCUUUGCUAUUCAGAAAUCAGACGACCAACAUAUGAUUGAAGUGAUGUUAAGUUACUAUUACGAGCUUUACGGUGAACCAGGUGAUGACAUAUUCUUCCUCGGUCCACAGAGAAGUUACGUUAAAGGCUCUGGUGGGAAAGACACAUACGUCAUUCCUGAAAAUGGAGGGAAAACCAUUAUUAACAACUACGAUCCUUCCAAAGCAGUGGACACUCUUCACUUCAGUGUUGAUUACACUCACAUUUCUGUGUCUAAAUCUGGAGAUGAUGUUGUGUUAAUGUAUGAGGGCAGUCAUACGGUGACCAUAGAAGGAUGGUUUUUAGGGGAACUGUAUCGUCACAUGAACAUGAUGUCAGGAGACGGAGUUUUAUUUGAGAUUUCCUCCACUGUGGUUUCUUCUGUUCGGCUGGUGGCCACAGGAAUUAACAUGAUGUUUAAGACACGUGGUGAAAUUGUGAAUGCAUCACAACCACUUUUAAGUACAGUUACAAAUAUCUUUGGGUCUCGAUAUGAUGACGUGCUCAUUGGGAAUGGAGAGAAGAAUCUGAUGGAUGGAGGAGGAGGUAGAGAUCGUCUGACUGGGGGUGAAGGAGAAGACAUGUACAUAGUGAAAGACAGACAACAGUCCUCAGUGUUGAUUGAAAAUUUCUCCAGGGACAAUAAAACAGACCUGGUCAUAAUAGAAGCAAAUCUUCAUACUUUUAAUGUCAAGGUAGAAGGUGAUAAUGUUGUUCUGAACGCUUUCCAUAUGAAUAUAGCCAUCCAUGUGACUUUAGUGAGGUGGUUCAGAUCACCAGCAGACAGACACUUGCUUGUUGUGACAAAAGAUCUGAUCACUUACACAAUCUCGGAUAACAAGGCUGACUGCCAGCAGAAGGACCCCUUCACCAAGUGCAUAAAAAGUCGCAGCAUUGACUACAGCAGCUCUCCAUCUCAUCUGGUGGUGGACCUUCAGGAGGAUGAGGCUUUUCACAGUGUGACAGAGGUCCGCGGGUCAGCAUUCGAUGAUGACAUCAGAGGGAAUAAAGAACACAAUGUUUUUGUCCCGGGAAGUGGAAAUGAUUUUAUGCAAGGUAGAGGAGGAGAGGACUGGUACAUUAUCACACCAGGACAAGGAAUUAAAACCAUCAACAAUCAAUCCCCAGAUCUAGCCGUGGACAUUAUCUUCCUGAAAGAAGAAUAUCAGCACAUCACAUGUACGUGUGAAGGACAGAGCAUCAUAAUGUCAGUAUACGGCAGAAAAUAUGUUAUUUUACAGAACUGGUUUAACUCAAAGAAUCAUCAGCACCUGCAGAUCAAGACCAGUGACGGAAUAACAGCUGGACUGAUGUCCAACCGCAGCAGCUGUGACAAGUCUUUAUUGGAACCCUUAACUGUUGACUAUAGAAACCAGAAACCUGAACCACUUCAAAAAAUUGAGACAUCAGAUGAGUUAUUUUUAUCUAUAUAUGAUGAGUGUUUCAGAUAUAGAAGAACACAUACAGAAGACAGACUCUUCUGCGACUUUAAAGGCAAAGUGAUGAUGAUGAAUAAUAUGGAUUCAGUGAAAGAAAUGUAUGGCUCCACAGGUUUUGACAUCAUGGUUGGGAACAGCAAUGCCAACCUGCUUGAUCCUUACACCGGGGGUGCACUGAUGUUUGGAGGUGAAGGAAAAGACACUUACAUAAUCAAACAUGGAUAUGGUACCAACUUAAAGAUUGAUAACUUUGCAGAAGAUCAGAAUAUUGAUACUGUGAUGAUUGGUAUGGAUUUCCUUGCUGGCAGUCAAAUCGCACUGGAUUCAAAAACGCGAGAUCUUGAUGUGCUGAUCACAACAAAAGAGGAACAAUUAAAAUUCAGUUUGCUCAACUACAAUAACGGUGACCAACAUCAGCACCUAGAAUUCCAGAGCUCUGACGGAGUGAAUUUUAAAUUGAAAUCAGUAAACUCAGCUGGAGACGACUCUUUCUUUAACGUUGAAGCUUUCAAAGUGACUCUGAAACAAUCGCAUGUUGACUGCCGUUUGGACCUCAGCUCUCAGAGGAAUCUGUCCAAGGUCCAUACAGUGCAUGGCUGUUCCUCACAGUCCAAUGACAUACUGGGUAAUGCUCAAGACAAUGCUCUAAUUGGUGGAUGGAAGGAUGACGUGUUGGAAGGAGGCGAAGGAGAUGACACAUUGAUAGGAGGGAACGGAGAUGACGUCCUCGUUGGUGACUUGGGAGACGACACUCUUUAUGGUGAGGAUGGAAAUGACACUAUGAUGGGAAACUCUGGCCGGGACAUCUUCAUUCCUGGACCUGGGGCCGAUCUACUGGACGGAGGUCCUGGCAGAGACACUGUUCUGUACCGGGGUGAUCAUGACACGGGUGAAGGGGUUUAUGUUAACCUGCUGACUGGACAAGGCCGCUAUGCUGAUGCUGAGGGGGACGUGUUGAAGGAUGUGGAGACGGUCAUUGGCACCAUCUAUUCUGAUAUCUUGGUGUCUGGUUAUGAAAGUUCUCUUCUCAAAGGCUCAGACGGCAGCGACAUCUUGGUGUCCACUGGUGGUGAUUACCUGGAAGGAGGUGAAGGAAAUGACAUUUACAUGGUGGCUUUUAACCACGGUGCAGUCACCAUAAACAACUGUGCAAAGGACAACGCCACAGACGUCCUGUACUUGAGCUCACGGUCAACACCAUUAUUUGACUGCCAACUGUUAUCUGACAGAGUUCUUCUGAUUUUCUUUGGACAAAACCAAACUACUGUUAAAAUUAAACUUGAAGGCUGGACCAGUGAUGAUAAUGAAUGUGGUCAUUUGAAGUUGGUUUUCAGAGACGUGGAGGUGUCAGUGGACCGGCUGCUACAAGAGUGUCAGUUAAGACACAAGGAAGCAGUUUGGUCUUCAGCCAUAAGUUGGAUUAUCUGCAUCAGUCUCGUCCUCUUCCACUGUGUUAUCAUUUUACUGACAUGCAGAAAAUCACUUUUAAGGAGAGAACAAGAAACACAGCAGAAACCAACAGAAACAAAUGUUGAAGGAGAAUCAGAUUCUAUGAUGGCAGAUGCAAUGUAGAGUUCUGUGAGGCUGCAGUUGAAAUUUAUCUCUGAACACAAGGAGACAGUAUCUGAAUUUCACUGAACAUUGGUCAUUUUAUCUUUUUGUGGUUUGCAGUCGAUUGUAGUUGAGUUUACUUUUAAAGCUCAUGACAGGUCAGGGCAUUUUGUGCAUCAUUGACAAACAUCAUUUUUUUUAGUUAGAAGCAUGGUGUCUGAAUGGAUCAUAUUUAGUAAUCAAUCAACUACAUAUUGAGGAAAGACUGACUUAUAUCAUUAUAAUAAUAUAAUUCAUCCUGGCUCUUAGCUUGGGGACAUAUAGAUUAUCAUAACAUUGGAUUCAUCGCUGACAUUGUAGAGAUUUUGGACACGAUCAGACUUUAUGUAUUGAAUGAAAGUAAAGGAAAUUUCUACUUUAACAGCAACCUGUAUUUAUUAUUACAAUAUUAUUAAUUACUUCACAUUGUGCUUUGAUUUAAAUGUUUUGGACAUUUUUAACUCAUCUAACUGUUACUGUACUCAAAUGUUUCAUAAUCAUAUCAAAUCAUAUGUGUCAUUUAUUUUAAUUCCUUUCUCAUUUAUUCUUGGAAAUAAAAUCAUUCAAAUUAU